CUGCAAUAACACAAUCAUAAGCUUUAGCAAAUAAAGCAAAAAUCCAGUUUCAAUUGAGGCUUUAAUUUCCUGCGCCACGUCAUAUCCUUUAGUUUAUCGAGCGCCUCCCUUCCACCCACGGUUUCGCGCUCUCCCCGAUAAUUUUCCACUGGCUUCCCGCGCAUGCGUCCCGCGGUGCGCCCUCUCUGACACCUGUCAAAAUCAGUCUGUGCCUCCCCAGUGCCGCGUACUGUUUGACGUCAUUGCAUCCAUAAUUACGGGAAAAUCCAAGUGCAUUUUGGAGAACCAUGUAAUAUUAGCUGAUCAUCAGCCACCGUCAUCAUGUUCGAGGGCGCGGUCGCCGGGAUCCUGAACCGGCUGCUGGGCAAGUACGUUCAGGACUUGGACACGGAGAAUCUCAACGUGGGCAUCUUCUCCGGGAAUGUCAACCUCACAGACUUGAAACUCAAGCCUGAGGCUUUGUACGAACUCGACCUCCCAAUAGAUGUGAAGAUCGGUACAAUCGGCCGCAUCGGCCUGCAGAUACCAUGGUCAGGCCUAUACACGCAGCCUGUGGUCGUCAACAUCGAAGAUGUGCUCGUGCUGGUAGGCCCAGCGAUAUCCAACAGCUACUUUGACCCAGAACGAGAAAGACGGUUAACCAGGGCAGCCAAACGGAAGAUUCUUCAGGACUUGGAAGCCGAGAGUGAAGUCCUCAAAGGUCCCCAGAAUUUCUUCGAGCAUUUGUUCACGGCUAUUGUGAAUAACCUUCAGAUUUACGUCAGGAACGUCCACAUUCGGUAUGAAGACUCCAUCAGUUCCAAGGAUGGACCCCUUGCGUGUGGACUGUGUCUCCAGAGCUUAUCUAUUGAGACUACUAAUAGUAAAUGGAAACCAUCAGUGACUCCGGCGAAUGCGUCCACGGUCUACCAGAUGAUGCGCAUAGAGUCCAUGUCAGCUUAUUGGAACCCGACGGCGACAGCCUUGGAUGACAAUGAGACCGCCCACAUCACACCCAUGCAGUAUUACAAUUGGAAGCAUUACAUGCUCACUGGCCUGGACAAGUUCUCCAUGCACCAUGAGGACUUCGAAUUUUUACUAAAACCAGUAACAUGUAAAGUAAAAGUGCUGAUAAAUCGAUCUGGAGAAGCGCGUGUUCCUCGUCUACUAUUGGAUGCAGUGCUGCAAGAUAGUGCGCUGCAGCUCUCACGCCGACAAUACCUGUCGAUAAACAAUCUACUAGCUUCUUUUGAUAGGAUCAAACUGAACCGAAAAUACCGUCAUCUCCACCCGGGAGUUCCUCUAUCCAAAGACGUCAAGAAGUGGUGGAAGUAUGCCUACAAUGUAGUCGUAGAACAAAGAGUCAGGCCCUACACCUGGGCAGCCAUUAAGAAGCAUAGAGAGAACUACAACGUCUACAAACAGAUUUACAAAAGUACCUUGAGAAGUCCAAAUGAUAUUGAACUGAAAUUGGAUCUGCAGAAGUGUGAGGAUAGUCUACCGAUUGUGUCUGUUAUUAUUGCUAGGGAGCAAGCUAAGUUUGAAUUGCUCGCCCAAGAACCAGACCGCAUAGAAGUAGUAGAAACAGAAUUUGACUGGUGGAAGCCAUCAAGCUCUCCAACUGAUGAAAUCGAAGGUUUGAAGAACCACGUAGAGCUCUGUGUGAAGACUGAAAGGAGUAAGAGUCUGUGGAGUCAUCUCUCUAGUCCUGAAAAGAAGAGAGUCUGUGAACUGAUUGGGUAUGUGGAGGGGGCACCACAAAAGGAUAAAUCCAAACAGUACAUUGAACAUAAAAUAAACCUGACGUUAGCCAACUGUUCACUGACGCUGAUGAAUAGAAAUAAAGAAGUACUAGUGCUGACUCUCACACAGUUCCUCGCGUCUUUGGAAACCAGACCUUCAGCUAAAGCAUAUAAGCUCUCAGCUCGAGCAGAAAGUAUAGUAGUGGAAGGAGUAACAUCUGACGGUGAUUUGGUUCCACUCCUGACUCCAGAGCGAGGCUCAGGAGUCACCAGUUCCAAUCUACUGGCUAUAGACUUGGAGAAGAAUCCUUGUAGCAAUGAAGCUGAUUAUGGAUUAUGCUGCCUUAUGGAACCUGUGGAGUUGGUCUACAUUGAGCAUUCCUUUACGGAGCUGAUCAACUUCUUCCAAACUCACUCGAUGACCGCCGAGGAGUUGGCAGUGGAAGUCUCUGAAGCAGUGCUCAGAGCUGGUGCCGUCAGCAAGUCUGUGCUGGCGUACGCCAUCAGUCGGAGGAAGGUGUUCCACUUGAAUGUGGAUGUUAAAGGACCCUGCGUGGUCGUGCCGGAGCAUGGAUGUGUGCAUAAGUCCGGUCGCGUAAUGAUCUUUGACAUUAGUCGCAUCAUAGUGAAGUCAGAUCUGCAACCAUCGAACUUGACGCUCGAGGAUGCCACAUGCAUGGAGCUGGAAGAGCGGCUGUAUGAUAGAUUGCAUGCUGAAUGCUCUUGUCAGGUUUUAUUCUGCGAGUGGACAGAUUCAUGGCGUGAAUCACGUCGCCACGCAGACUCAGAACUGCACUUGAUACCCAAGAUCAAGAUGCAGGUCGUGUUCUCCAACAGUAUCAAGAAGGAUUACAAAUUACUACCAAAAUACAAACUAAACAUCUCUUUAUCAAGCAUCAAGCUGAAUCUCUCAGACCGGAUCAUAGGUCUUCUCCUUGAUUUCUGCGACAAUCUCCCUGUCCCUGUACCCAACACCGUGCCAGUCUCCUUCAUGGACUCUGGAGACUAUACUGAGGAGAUGGAAGAACCAGAGAUGGCUGAAAUGCUGAGCAUAGACAGGGUGACUGCUGACCCUGAUUAUAAGGAUCUCAUGAACUUGAGGCAGAAGGUCGUGGCAGCUUAUCUGAGUAGGAGCAAGGCAGCAGAAACCACUUUCGACAAGGCUACAGCGAAGCUUGGGUUCCAAGCAGCCCAGCAGGCCUCUGCUGCAUCAGAACAUAGCGAUGAAGACAUUGAGAUAUAUGCCAGGACUGUCGACCUUCCUGGGUUCGAUGACAAUGUGUCACCUAGUAACAAUAUUAAUACGUUGCUGAGGUUCAUUGUUGGCGAAAUAGUAAUCAACCUGUCCCGUUCGUGUGACCAAAUGGAGAAGCCAUACGUAAUGCUGAGCAUCACGAAGGUCUGCCUGGACGUGGCACUCAUGGAGUACGGUCCUGCUGUCCAGCUGUCUGUCAGCCAAGUGUUACUGACUGAUAAACAGCAUCACAGUAGUACGGGACAGUAUUUGGAACUGAUCACCAGCUCCGGGGAGCUGUUUAAUUUAUUGUAUAGGAAGGUUCGCGCCGACUGUCCAGAGUUCCGCUCUCACUUCCACAAUGUGGAGCAGGCGUUGGUGGCAGAUGUUGGACAUCUCGCGUUAUUGCUGCAUGCAGAUGCAUUGCCAACACUUCUCAAGUAUCUGCAGUACAUUUCUGAUAAGAUCCAGAACCGUCACGCACUUAACCUGAAGAAUGUAGUUCUGCCGAAGUCUAGAUCAUUAUGGGACUACCUGAUGCAGCCUGAAGCUGAUCCGCCUGUACCACCUGGUGCUACCAAAUUCAGUUAUUCUGUCAGAGCAUCAUCAAUAUCGAUGAAGCUGUGCCACCUGGAGAGUGCAGUGCUGGAGAUGAGGCUCGGGUCGUUGGAGAGUGACUGCGUGUUCCGAGCCAACGACCGGAUGAUCUUUAAGUUAUACCUCAGCUCACUGCAUAUUGAUGACCUUGCGGAGGCCACAUUGUAUCCCAAGUUGGUGUGGCCAGACGAAGACAAAGUGCUGGAGAUAAAGUACGUGCGCGCGGCGGCGCGGCUGUACGGCGCCGGCGCGGACCAGCGCUCCAUGAAGGCGCACGGCGAGCUGCGGGUCUACGUCGGCAGGCUGCACGUCGUACUGUUCUGCUGUGUCAUGCAUCAUAUACAGCAAGUGCUGGAGCCGCUGGUGCCGGCGGCGGCGGCGGAGGCGGCGGGCGCGGCCGAGCGCGCCGCCGAGCGACACGCCGCCGCCGCGCGCUCCGCCGCCACCAGGCUCAACCUCGCCAUCGAGAUUCACGCUCCUGUCCUAUUGUUGCCACAGAAGCCUUCAUCCCCGAAUCUAUUAGUCUUCAAUAUGGGCGAUCUUUUAAUAGAAAACUUCUUCAAGCAGUUGAACACUGGCAAUGAGCCUACCAGUCCCAUCCAGAAUGCUGUUAUAGACAACAUACUCAUCAAAUUGGUGAACAUCACCUUCUCCAGAGCCGUUAUGACACUAGCUGGAACUUUAGAAGUGCAGGAGCCGAUCCUGGAGCCAGUAUCAGUACGUUGCGACCUGAAGCGUGCAGUAUCGUACCAGCAGUUGGUCCGCCUGGCCUCCCUGCGCGACCUGCUGGCGCUGGAGGGCGGGGUCGCGCUAUUCUCAGACAUGGAUGAAGUCCUAAGCUCCCCAGUUAGGGAUCUAAACCAUGGACUAGCGAAAUUGACAGCUGGAGAGGCGAUGCUGCAGAUGGAAUACAGCUCCGAUGGUAGUCUAGAAAUCAAGGCUAGUCUGCAAAGCUUGUUAGUUGAAGACAUUCGACCAGAUCCUGGUAUUGUUAUUAAGAGGAUUUUCCAAUCUCAAGGAGGCACGAACGCUGAUGCAGAAGACUCCUGUAUCUCAGUGCGUCGCCCUCCACUGAUAGACGCCAGUCUGCGAGUGACGGGGGCGAAGGCCCGCCACGCUGACGUCAGAGUAGAUAGGACUAGGUUCAAUCUCGCGCUGCCAUUCCUGCUGCAGCUAGCUAGGACUUUACUGGAUGCUAUGCCAGGUGAAAAGACAAUGGAAGGUGGUGUAGUAAAUCAUGGCUACGUAGGUGAUGUGCACCCUUCAAAGACAGGCAACAAUAAUCGUGCUGCGAGACUGCCCAGCUCCAGUGACUCUACUAGCGGUUAUUAUUCAGCAGCGACAUCAAUGUCAGAAGAACAACCAGGUCUAUCAAUAUCGGUACAGUUCCGUCAACCAGAAAUCAUGUUCUUCACUGACCUCACCAAGACUGAAGGUCACGCACUUCUUUUACGGACAGAACUCCUUAUAGACUACUCCUCUCACUCUAACAGCGAGUCUUUCGUAGUCUCUUUAGCUGGACUUCAGAUAAUGUCCAAACUUCAAUCAAAGCUGAAGAAUUUACCACCACAGCUGGUACUAAAACCUUGUGACAUAGAAUUUUCAAAGGCUUUCAAGAAUAUUGAGGAGGGUAUAAGAGUGAAGAUGACGGUUUCGGAGGUCGAAGUGCAUAUUGCAGCUACUACAGUGCAUACUGUCAUAGAUAUAAUUGAAGAAAUAACAUCAGAACUAACAAUACCUGAUGAGAAGGAACCUUUCAACUUUGCGACUUACAACCCGAAGUCUGAGAAGCAGGACGAAGACCUCUGGUCUCCGAAGAAGCUGACUCCUUACGUAGUACUGAACCCUGAAGAUAUUUACACACAGCCGAAGUACCCGAGCCUUAGACCUUCGGAGACGUUCAUCAUGAGCGUGCCUUGCGUGAGGAUCAUGUUUGAAAUGGAGCAGACUGUCAGGGUACCGGUGCUGAUGAUGAAGAUGAAAUCUGAGGUGACGAUCCACGACUGGUCUCAACAACUGCACGGCACAGCGUCUCUCAGUAUGAUAGCGUCGUGUUACAACGAGCGCGUAGACGCCUGGGAGCCGCUCAUUGAACCUGUCGUGCAGAACGAGAACGUCUACCGACCUUGGGAGAUCACUGCUACUCUGUUCCAGGCCAAAGCUUACCCAAUGUCAUCGCGACUCGACACCUCAAGUCAACAAGAAACAGAAGUAGACUCCUCGAUCGCAUCCGAUCAAUCAAAGAAACCUAAAAAGAAGAACGGAUUCGAGUCUGAAACUUCAGCAGACGAGGGUGACACCGACAAUGAAAUGACGUUUAUUAAAAAUCCGAAUGGUAAAGAAAGUAAGCAUUACAAUGUGGACUUUAGCGCUGGACAUAUGUCAUUCCUGGGAUUGCUGGAUGGAGACGAAUCUGACUCGGAGAAUGAAAGUGGACUGAUGGAUAAACUAGCUACUGCUAUUGGACAUUUGUUUACUGAUGACUCCAGUGCUGAAGAAAUGAGCAAUGAUGAAGACUCUUCGGCACCAGAACAAAGUGAAGUAGAAGUAGGCAGUGAUCAUGAUGAGAACGAGAAAGCAGUGACGUUCAUAGAUGGAGAAGCCAAGGGAAAGAAAGAGACAGAACCUAAAACUGUAACGUUACAGGACCCAGUCGUCCGCGAAGACAGUGUGGACUCAGGACUCGAGACAGAGAGUUACAUUGACAAAUCCUGCACCUACAUAGCAGUGGAAGCGAGAGACAUGCUGAACAUCACAGUAACUCCUGCAGGAGCUAGAGCACUGCUGGACCUGGCUGCAGCAUGUACUGACAGAACUGCUGUAGUCACUGCCAUCGUCACUGGGGAAAGUGGACUGCUACUAGUCAAUGAUAUAGGACCGGGAUCAACAGUCCAUUUGAAAACGAAAGCGGAGACAGAUUUGGCGGGCAACGAGAGGAUUAUAGCCAUAGCCGAUUAUGACGUGGACACUAGCCGGCCUAGCACACCAGGAUGCGACACAUCAUCAGCUGAUCUGCUAGAUGAACCACCAACAAAGCCGAAAAUAAUGACAGACGUCAGUGAUGAAUGGGAUUGCUUCGAGGGUGGUUUCCCCGGCGGAGCGGUGUCCCCGGCGGCGGCGUGCGCGUGGUCGCCCGCGCCGCCCCCGCCGCCGCCCGCGCUGCGCACGCGCCUCACAGACCUCACGCUCACCGUGCGCCUGCAUGACCUGGACCAUCUCACUAUCCUGUGUCCGCAACGCAAUGUGUCGAAGCUACACGUGCUGCACCCGAGCAAGAACUCGACGCGGUACUACAUCGCCGUGGAGAGGACCUCCAAGUAUAACAACAAGAAGAUUGUCGUCCGAUCUCCAUACCAGAUUCGCAACGAAACUUCAUACGCCCUCGAGCUGUUCUACAAGAAGACAGACCUGCAGGCUAUCGGAGCUGAACUGAUAGGAUCCCUGACGAAUCCGUUCGAUGACAAGAUGCGGCUAGCCGUGAUAGCUCCACAGGAGACGUAUAACGUGCCUCUGUAUAUCGCCUACCACUGUAAACUGUUCUUGCUGCCUUCUAACUUCGAGAGCUACCAAACAGCUACGCAAGGCAUCUGGUGGAUGGAACUGGCGAAUGAAGUGGGUACACCGCGGGACAUGAUAUGUCCUGCCAAGGAUGGAGAAGACAAGAGGAUAUUUGCCAUGAGGAUCUUGCCUGUGGAAGGUUGCCAGUCAUCCAAGAUCAGCCGAGCGAUCCCGAACUACGUGGUGCGCGUGGUGCCCCCGCUGGCCGUGUACAACCGACUGCCGUACGCGACGGAGGUGCGCUGCGAGGCCGCGGCGCUGCGCAUGCGCAUCGAGGCGGGCGAGCGCGCGCACUGCUACACGCUGGCGCUGCCGCAGCCGCACCGCCUGACGCUGGCCGUGCACUACGUCGGCCUGCUGUGGACCGGCAGCUUCACGCUGUCGCCGGACGUGACAGAGAAGACAGUGUCGCUGCGCUGCGAGGGCGAGGCGGCGGGCGAGGCGGCGGGCGGGGCGGCGGGCGCGCAGGCGCUGGCGGGUGGUCAGUCAGACACCUGCUACGAGGUAACGGAGGAGCCUCUACUGUGGAGUCCUGGGACUCGAGGCCAUCGGCGAGGGGCGCGGGUUCGGUUCCGUGCACACCACUCCGCGUGGUCACGAGCUGCGCGCCUGGCUGCUGCAGCUCCAGGGCUGGUCGUGUGUCCUCAUACUGAGAGACGCACCAACUAUCGGCUACUGCUUAACGUAACCCUAUCAGAAUUAUGUCCACAAUUGACGAAAAUUGUGACGCUUUUACCAUAUUUCCUGGUCUACAACGACACCAAGCGUCAUUUGCGUUUCAUGGAGGAGAAUGAAGCGGCCGACCUUUGGAACGACUUGGCCCCUCAGCAAUGUACUCCGUUCUGGCCACAGACGGAUUCCAUGUCCAUGCACUGCAAGUACCGGGAUUCCACUGUGGUCUCCCAACACUUCCCUAUUACGAAGAAUCAUUUUACUGUGUUGAGGAUGGAUAAGGGGACAGCAAUCUGCGUGGAAGUGACUGGCGGUACUGACCGUCCCUUCACCAUCACCUUUAAGCCCUACACGGCAGGGGACUCACCAGUUCGUAUCGACAACUUAUGUGAUGACUUAUUCCUCAAGUUGCACCAGGCAGACUCGGGCCAGGUGGCUCUACUGAGCCCCUAUCAGUCCAUGCUGUAUACUUGGGAUGAUCCCGCAAAAGAAAGGAAACUGAUGUGGAAUAUUUAUAACAAUAAGGGCAAAGGAUUUGAUGCUGCUUUUAAUCAGGAUGGCUACGGUGAAGAAAAAGUAAGUUUCCACUCAGUAAAGCACUCAACCCUGGUAGCAACGAACAGCGUCACGUCCAAACUAUCUUCGACUCUCAAGAGACUGACUCCAAAGUCCCCUGAACCCUGCUCUUCAAGCAGUGAUGACUCUGACAGUUCAGACCUUCCUGAAGCACACGCGAAAACUAAGAAGAUGAGGAAAGACAAGGUGGUGGUCUACUGGAUAUCUUACAUGGAUGGAUAUCAAAGAGUAUUCGCAUUGGCGCAGGACGAAAGAAUAGCGUACCAAUACAGGAUGCGCAUCAACGCAGAAAGAAGUAACUACGAGGUCUACAUGUCCUUGUCCGGAGUUAGUCUAUCAGUUUGUGUGCCUACUCAUGCAGGAGUCAAGGAACUGGCGUAUGUCAGCAUGACUGAUUCGUUGCCUCGGUGGGAAGUCAACGUCAACCACAAGUGGAAGCAACUGUCCCCUGACCUGACAUCUUGGAUCGAAGACAACUCCGUAGAACGUACAACCCUGGUGUAUGGCUGCAGUUACGUAAGUCUGAAACGUAUACGUACUGUCACCUGAAGUGUCAAAGGUUACAGAUUGACAACCAGCUUCAUGAGGCAGUGUUCCCAAGUGUAUUGUACCCGGCACCGAUACCUAACGAUAUCAGAACAAGUAAAGGCUUAAAACCUUGCGUAGAAAUAGUUGCUCUAAAGCAGCACCGACCAAGUUUGAAUCAGGACGUGUACAAAUACGUCAAGAUCUUAGUUCAAGAGUACUGUGUGAACUUGGAUCGUGGUUUUGUGAAUUAUGUCUUUGAUAUCCUAAACCACUGGAAGAUUCAGGAGAAGCCAGCUGUGAGGUUACGAGCUGACCUUGCAUUAGUCCACAUGCCAUUACCAGUGAUUGCAAUGAAGAGCCAGGUUAUUACGCAGAAGAACGUGUUCUUUGAAUACGUUCACCUGUCUCCAGUGAAGCUGGUGCUGAGUUUGUCAUCUCGAGGAUAUUCUGCAGAGUCGGCCAAUAGUCCCAGCAAGACAAGGUUCGGGAACAAAAAAGAAAAUAGGCCUAAACUGUUCAACAGUGAUCUCUUGGAGUAUUUGUUCAAUUCUUGGGGAUCCUCGUUGUGUGACAUGAAGGACGUGGUUAUAAAAAUGUCAUACCUGGAAUUCCGUAACGCUCCCAUCACCACAUCAACCCUGGUGGAGCAAGCCUCACAGCACUACUGGACACAGCUGGUGCAGCAGUUCUAUGUCCUGGUCCUCGGGCUCAAUAUCUUGGGGAAUCCGUAUAGCCACAUUGGAGACUUCUCUAGAGGACUAAAGCAGUAUUAUGAACCUUGUAUGGGUACGGCUCUAGGCCGUAAGAUCAUGGAUGUAGCCUCACGCCUGGAGGACGGAGCAGCAGCCCUACUAGGACUGCGAGCGAGCCCAACUACAAGGACCAGUGCCAUGUUUGAUGAUCUGCCUAAACCACAGACGCCAAGAAGAAAACCAGGAGAAGUUCCUCAACUGAGCAACGAUAUCCCGGAGAGUGUGAUAGAAGGAGACAGCAGUAAUCAAGCCAGUAUCGCACUCGCUCUCACAGCUCUCGUCGCUAGGCCAACAUUUGAUGUAUGUCGCGAGGCAGCCCGUGCAUCUCUGUCUCGGCAGCUGAACGUCAGCAGCGCGGAGAGCGCGUUGAAGGCCUGCGUGGAACGGAGUGGUGGUCGGUUACUGGCGCGGCGCCGACUGCCACGGCAUUGUGAUCCUAUUGAAGGAGUCCGACCAUUCUCCCAGCACGCUGCACUGGGGCUGCAGCUACUGACGCUGCUGGGACGGGGCCACUACGCCGACACUGACGCAUACAUUGCGCAUGCGCAUCUGGGACCUACAUCCAAUUGCACGCUGCUUAUAUCUACGCAACAUAUAUUCAUGGUCCGAGCGAGUGGCACCAGCGGCUCCUGGCACGUGGAAUGGGCAGUGAAGCUGGAUGACGUCAUCGGCUCCCCCAUAGUGCAUGGAGACAAACUGCUGCUUAACAUUAAACAGGACGAGCUUGUAAACUAUUUCUCAACGGACGAAAAGGUGAUAGAGGUAUCAGACCCGGAGGUACUGACCUGGUUGCACUCCAAGAUUGAGUGCGCCCUCAUCCUGGCGUUAGAAGACAAGAGAUGCAUCUCUACUGACUAGAAAUAAACUAGAAUAAGGCCAAAAACGAGAUCUCUACAGAUUAAUCGAAACUUACUUUAUUUAAUUACUUUUAGAGUUCAUUUUUCAAUGAUAACUUUGAAAUAAUUUUAAUAAUGGAAGUUGGACUUCAUUAAAGGACGGUUAAAAUCAAUAUUGAGUAAUUAUAUCGUCUAUUGGCCUUAAAUUUAUUAUGUACACUGAUUUAUAGGUACCCAUAUAUUCAUGAUACAGUUAAUUGCCCAUCAGAAAGUUUUGGAGAACAUGAUCUUUAUUUCUUCAGAUUUAAGUGUUAUAAUUUGAAUGACAAAUCUCAUUCACACUACGUUAGAACUUUCGGAAAUUAAUAACUAUAAUAUCUUUGAUAUGGGAUUAACUGUAUCUACCAUUAUAUGUACGUAUUUAAUACUUAAAUAGACAAUUUGUAACUAAUACAAUUUAAGAAAACAUUUUAUUAUCGACAUUGUCUAAAACCGGGGGCUUAUCACUAGGGGGCGCUAUAGAACGAUGUAUCACUAGAGGCAUAAAUAGAAUGAAAUAAAUAUUGUCUUGUCUAUGAAUCAGCAGAAGUGCCAGUGGCGCCACCUAGAGUUAAUGGAUAGCUCCCAAAUUGUUUAUAAACAGAAAACUAAAUGACAAAGGCAAAAUUCCCUCUGCCAAAUUGAAAUAGGUGUUUAUAAAAAUUGUUUAUGCAUAGAAUAUAUUAAAAACAGUGAUAUUUGUACAUUAUCUAUAUGAAAAUCACCUCAUUCAUGAUGUGUUACUAAUAAUUCUAUAAUUUAUUCUUAUUCAUCAAUUUCUGUUUGGAAUUAUGCAGGGGACAUAUCAGACCAUCAGGAAGCCUUUAAGUCUGUUUUGUAACGACAAUAAUUUAAAAAACAAAAUAUUUUUACCUAUUAAAUUCAUAUUCAUAUUUUUUGAUCUCAAUAUCUAGUCAGCUUUUGCGUACACCUAUUUUAAUUUACUUUUAAGUAUAUUUAAAGCCAAAUCACGCGGAUUUACUUAUUUUCAAUGCAACUGAUUUAAUAAGAUAACUUCAUGUAAAUCAGCUUUUGGUCAUAUCGUCAUAAUUGCUAUUUGGAUAGAAAUUAUCGAUGCAGUGGAUACUAAUUACAAGGUAAAUUUAAUAAACUAAUUGUCGUGAUCUGUAACUUGGGUGUCGUAUAAACGAAUUGUAGUUAAAAUGGCCGACAAAUGUGUCGUCAUCUAGCGCAAAUUAUAAUAAACUGUGCAAUUUCAUUGCCUAAUUAAUUUAGUACUCACUGAUAUUGUAAUAAAUGUUAAAGUAUUUUCAUAUUAAAUUGAAUAUUUAUAUUGUUUUAUGUAUCGUUCUUUAAGCUUUAGUACGUAAGCUUGUUAUCUAUAUUACUAAUACAUAUAAAGCUGAAUAGUUUGUUUGUUUGAAGCUAAUCUCGGGAACUACUGGUUCGAUUUGAAUAAUUAUUUUUGUGAUGGAUAGUGCAUUUAUUGAGAAAGGCUAUAAGCUAUAAUACAUCACGAUGUGACCUAUAGGAGCCGAGCAGCGCGUUAAACUUCGCGGGAGUAGCUAGUAAAGAAAUACGUGUAAUCAUUUUGCCGUUAGAGUAGGUUUAUAAUUUACCUACCAGUAUUCUGAUCUCUGCCGUUAGGGCGUCAAAAUAAUAAAUGUCUUUGAAUUUUCGGUGUCCAUACUAAUAAUUGUUUGUGUGUCCUAAAUGUUUUAAUGUAGACAGAAUUGUUGUCAUGUUGCACAAACUAUAUUUUAGUUGGCUCCUUCAUUCAUUUCUUAAAUCAUCUUUCAAUAUUCUAGGAAUUUAAUGCCCAUUUAUUA